AGAGGUGGAGCGUGCCGGAUGGGAAAGCGGUUACGAGGAGAAGAUGGUGGAAUCUGCGGCAGCAACGUGCACGAUACCCCGUCCUAAACUUUCCGAAAAAUAUUUAUCUUCUCAGCCUGGUAUUAGAUAUUGGUUACCUGGGGACAAUCAUAGAUAAUACACGCUUAAAAGAAGGCGAAAUCCCACAUUUCACGCCUUGGGAGGCCCUAACACUUGGCCAAUCGAAGUGUUUGUAACGUUACAGCUGUUCAGUGAUCAAGUCAAAAAGUAACGUUAGCUCACGAGUUGGAGGGUAUCGUUCAUUUGUUUUGGGAAAAUUUGAGUCAUCGCACUGUUGCCGAAAUCCAGUUGGCAGGUCGGCUCUACCAGUGGCCCACUGUUUUAUGUGACUGCUGAGUGUUGAUCGGACAUCGGUCAGCCAUCGUGGGAGUCCCGCUGUGACUGCCGAGCUAAGAUUGUCCAAAGCAAGGAACGGACCAACUGACUGGAAUCAUGCCAAGAAGUAAAAAAGGGAAGAAAGGUGCAUCCAGUAAAGGCUCCCUGCGCCAGGAAGUGCUCCAGCUCCAGCUCUCGGGGAAAUCCACGCCCCGUUCAGGGAGGAAUGGGGUGAAGGCGGAGUCUGGAGUCAGUGAUGAUGACCUGGCCUCAGAGGUUCUCAGCCACUACAGCAGUGCCAGCGAGAGUGCCUCUGUAAUAGACGAGGGAACAGCGGGAGGAGAGGUAGUAGAUGAACAAACAGCACAAGAGGAGACAGAAGACAAACUGAAGCAAUGCAUCGACAAUGUCAUGGAUAAGAGUGUGAAGGUGCGUAUGAGCGCCCUGGACAGUCUCCGCCAGGCCUUCUCCUCACGCCUGCUCGUGGACUUCCUCCUGGAGAGAAGACUCACGCUCAGCGACUGCCUGGAGCGCUGCCUCCGCAAGGGGGGAGGAGAGGAGCAGGCAGCGGCGGCUACCGUCUGUGCUCUGUUGUGUGUGCAGCUGGGGGGAGGCCCAGAGGGGGAGGAGGGCUUUAAGGUCCUGCGGCCCAUCCUCAGUUCCAUCCUGAUUGACGACUGUGCCAGCCUAUCAGCACGCCAGAGUUGUGCUCGUGCAUUGGGGAUGUGCUGCUAUGUGUCAUCUGCAGAAGAUGCAGAGGACCUGCUCAAGUCCCUGGGCCACCUGGAGAGUGUGUUCAGCUGCGUAUACCCGCGGGCAGGGGGCGUGAUGCCCGUGGUGAAAGCUGGCACCCCCCUGCUGCACACCGCUGCUUUACAGGCCUGGGCACUCCUCAUCACCCUCUGCCCUGCCUCCCACCUCAGCAACCUCAUCAACCAUCACCUUCCUCGUCUGCAGGCCUGUCUGGACAGUGCUGAUGUCAACUUCAGGAUUGCAGUGGGAGAGACCAUCGCUCUCCUCUAUGAGCUGGGCCGGGACAUUGAUCGGGACUUUGAAUAUGAGGACAGUGAUUCUCUGUGUGAUGCUCUGAAGAGUUUGGCCACAGAUGGGAAUAAGCACAGGGCCAAGAACGACCGCAGGAAACAGAGGUCCAUAUUCCGAGAAGUGCUGCAGUAUAUAGAGAAUGAAGACUUCUCUGAGGAGAGGAUUCGCUUUGGUGUAGAGGCCUUGUACAUUGACUGCUGGGUGCGCAGGCGGAUCUAUGAUGCCUUUAAAGAGGUGUCCGAGUCUGGAGUACGCCACCACCUACAGUGGAACCCUCUCCUGAGAGACAUCUUUGGCUUCGGUGCCCCCCUCAUCCUGGACCCGUCAGUCAAAUCCAGCAAGAUCUCCCGCACAGAACGGCAUCUCUACAACUCGGCUGCAUUCAAAGCUCGGACAAAACUACGCAACAAGGUCCGGGACAAGAGAGCGGACGUGAUGUGAGGGGCUGACCGUACGGAAGAGCGAGCACCUGCUCCUCACACAGGCCUGGGCCACGAGGCCGCCAGCCUCCAGCCCUCCCCCCCUACCCCCUACCCCCCCUCAAUGACCACAUGACAGCGGCUGCCAAAACACUCUGCAAGGGACUUCGCAAGCAAUGCAAACAAGUGUGCGUGUGUGUGUGUGUGUGUGUGUGUGUGAGUGAGUUUGUGUGUGUGUGUGUGUUUGAGUGUGGGUGUGUGUGUGUGUGUGUGUGUGUGAGUGAGUUUGUGUGUGUGUGUGUGUGUGUGUUUGAGUGUGGGUUUUAUUUUUUAUUUAACAUCAUGGAAUAAAAACCAUAAAAAAGAGCAAAGAUCCUGGGAAGAAAAGAAAAGAGAGUCUCUGAUGAACUCUAGGAAACAUCUCUGCUGUGAAGAAAGCAAAAGUAUUUUAACUUCUAAUUUAUUUCAAAGGGGAGAAGAUACAUUUUAAAUGAAAAUGAAGAUCUGUUUACACAUCCAUCGAGAUGGAAUGCAUCAGACCCUAUGUAGUUUUUCUACUCGACCACAGGGCCAGAUAGUCCUGUUCCUCCUGUGUAAAUGUAAGGAUUUCAGAUGCACACACACGUGCGAGGACGUCUGUGUGUGUGUGUGUGACUGGAAUGUGUACACAAGUCUGUAUGUGACAUACCCAAGAGCAAACUGCACAUGGUGAUGUCAUCAGUGAGACUGGUGCUGCUCUGUGCCUGCCUACAGGGGAGUCAUGAAUGAAUCAUGAAUUUAAAUAAAAUAUCAUUAAUAUGCACCAAUGAA